GGGGUGCGGGAUGCCGGGCGGGGAGGAGGAGGAGGCCGAGGCGGGGGCCGGGGGGGCCCCCACAGCCCCCUCCCCGCCGGCCGAAGAAGGGGAGACCCGGCAGCGCUAUGAGGAGCUGUGCAGCAGCCUCAACAUGGACGAGCGCGCCCGCUCCGAGGCCUGGAUCAGCUACCAGAGCAUGAAGCGGAACUACACCCUGGAGGGCAAUGAUCUGCACUGGCUGGCGUGUGCCUUGUAUGUGGCCUGCAGAAAAGCAAUUCCAACUGUGAGCAGAGGGACAGCUGAGGGAAAUUAUGUAUCUUUAACCAGAAUUCUGCGCUGCUCAGAACAAAGCUUAAUUGAGUUUUUUAACAAGAUGAAGAAGUGGGAAGACAUGGCAAAUCUGCCCUCCCAGUUCAGAGAACGAACUGAGAGGUUGGAGAGGAACUUCACUGUCUCUGCAGUCAUUUUUAAGAAGUAUGAGCCCAUUUUUCAGGACAUUUUCAGAUAUCCUCAAGAAGAUCAACCUCGACAACAGAGAGGAAGAAAACAGAGGCGACAGCCCUGUACUGUGACUGAAGUGUUCCAGUUUUGCUGGGUGCUGUUUGUUCAUGCAAAAGGUAAUUUUCCUAUGAUCAGUGAUGAUUUGGUCAAUUCCUACCACCUCCUGUUAUGUGCUUUGGAUCUGGUGUAUGGAAAUGCUCUCCAGUGUCCCAACCGCAGGGAGCUUCUGAAUCCUAAUUUCAAAGGUCUACCUGAAGACUUCCAUAGUAAGGAUUAUAAACUAUCAGCUGAUCCUCCCUGCAUCAUUGAAAAACUGUGCUCGUUACAUUAUGGAUUGGUUUUAGAAGCAAAGGGCAUAAAGGAACAUUUUUGGAAGCCAUAUAUCCGGAAACUCUUCGACAAAAAGCUUUUAAAAGGAAAAGAUGAGAAUCUGACUGGAUUCCUAGAUCCUGGGAACUUCGGAGACAGCUUCAAAGCCAUCAACAAGGCCUACGAGGAGUACGUUCUGUCAGUAGGGAACCUGGAUGAGCGGAUAUUCCUCGGGGAGGAUGCUGAUGAAGAGAUUGGAACCCUCACAAGGUGCUUGAACACAACUUCAGGAAUGGAAACAGCCGAACGAGUACAAGUGAAACAUAAUUUGCAGCAGCACUUUGACAGGUCCAAAUCACUUCGGAUUACAACCCCACUUACUGGCCGCAAGUAUAUUAAAGAGAGCAACCCAUAUGAGACUCCUGUUUCCAUAGCAACACACAGCUUGAGCCGCCUUCAUUCCAUGCUGGCAGGACUGAAAAAUGCCCCCAGUGAAACUCUGGAGCACAUACUCAGGUCAUGUUCCAGAGAUCCUUCUCAGUCUAUUGCAAACAGAGUAAAGGAAAUGUAUGAAGUUUACUGCCAGAACAUGCAGGCUGAGGGAGAAUUCACUAAUUUUUCCAAAGAUGUUGCCAGUAAGCAUUUCCGUCUGGCUGAGGUGCUGUACUACAAGGUCUUGGAGUCAGUCAUUGAGGAGGAGAGGAGGAGACUGGGAGAUGCUGACUUAUCUGCAAUCCUGGAGCAAGAUGUGUUCCACCGAUCCCUGCUGGCCUGCUGCCUGGAGAUCAUCACCUUCACAUACAACCCACCUGGGAACUUCCCCUACAUCACUGAAAUAUUUGACAUUCCAGUUUAUCAUUUCUAUAAGGUAAUUGAGGUUUUCAUUAGAGCAGAGGAUGGGCUUUGUCGGGAAGUAGUAAAACACCUCAACCAUAUUGAAGAACAGAUCUUGGAAAGUAUGGCAUGGAAACAGGAAUCCAUCCUGUGGGACAGGAUCAGAGAGAAUGACAACAAAGUUCCCAGUUGUGAAGAGGUAAUGCCACCCCAGUAUUACGAGAGAUCUGCUGGGAACAGUGUUGUGGGUUCUCCAUUGACACCAAGACGGAUAAACGAGGUUCGUGCUGAAACUGGAGGCCUAGGAAAAGGCCUCUCUUCCUCUCCAACAACCCUGUAUGACAGGUACAGUUCUCCUGCAGCCAACCCCACCAGGAGGAGACUGUUUGCUGAUAAUGAUAACACCUCUGACACUGGAAGUGCAGUGAGAGUUUCCCAGCAGCCCGUGGUAAAUCCGGUGCCCGUGCAGAACAUGAAUCCAGAAGCAAUGUCGGUAGCUCCGGUGCCUGGCCAGACCCUGGUUACAGUGGCAACUGCCACCGUGACAGCCAAUAAUGGGCAAACUGUUACAAUCCCAGUGCAAGGUAUUGCCAAUGAAAAUGGAGGAAUAACUUUCUUCCCAGUCCAAGUCAAUGUAGGUACCCAGCCUCAAGCUGUCUCUGGUCCCAUCCAGCCACUCAGUGCCCAGACCCUCACUGGCACCUUGAACACUCAGAUGGCUGGGGCAGCACUGCAAUUACCAGGCCAAUUAACUGUCCAGCAGAUCUCCCCUGGAGAGCAAAGACAAAUCCAGCAGUUCCCCACCUCCAGCAGGCCCCGCAAGAUGGGCUCACUUGGACUCUUUUUCAGAAAGGUUUAUCAUUUAGCGAGUGUUCGCCUGCGGGAUCUCUGUCUGAAACUCGACAUACCCGACGAGCUGCGGAAGAAGAUCUGGACCUGUUUUGAGUAUUCCUUGAUGCACUGCCCUGAAAUCAUGAUGGACAGACACCUGGAUCAGCUGCUGAUGUGUGCCAUCUAUGUGAUGGCUAAGGUUACUGAGGAGGACAGAUCAUUUCAGAACAUCAUGCGCUGCUAUCGGACACAGCCACAAGCCCAGAGCCAUGUGUACCGCAGUGUCCUGAUCAGAGGCAGGAGCCGCCGCCGCUCGGGCAGCAGUGACAGCAGCAGCCAGAGCUCACCCACGGACAGAAGCAAAGAGAAAAACAAAGAAAGAAGCAGCAGAGACUCCAGCCCCGUCAUGCGCUCCAGCAGCACCCUGCCCGUCCCGCACCCCAACAGCGCGCCCCCCACCCCCACCCGCCUGACAGGUGCCAACAGUGACACCGAGGAGGAGGAGAGAGGAGACCUGAUACAGUUCUACAACAACAUCUACAUCGAGCAGAUUAAAGACUUUGCCCUGAAGUACACCUCAAACGCAACGGAUUCUCCUCCACUCUCGCCCUACCCGUUUGUCCGGCUUGGCUCCCCCCGCAGAGUGCAGCUGUCCCAGAACCACCCCGUCUACAUCUCCCCACACAAAAAUGAGUCUACUCUCUCUCCAAGGGAGAAAAUAUUCUAUUAUUUCAGCAGCAGCCCAUCUAAGAGGCUAAAGGAAAUCAACAGCAUGGUUAGAACUGGAGAAACUCCAACAAAGAAGAGAGGCAUCCUCCUGGAGGAUGGUACUGAAGCACCAGCUAAGCGGGUCUGCCAGGAGAAUCACACUGCUCUCCUAAGAAGACUACAAGAUGUAGCAAAUGACAGAGGCUCUCACUGAGUCCAGUGUCUCAGCACAGGGAUUCCCUUCCUGCUGCUUCGCUGGACCAGGCUGCUUAGGGUAGGAGUCACCAAGCCUGUGCAGGUGUCCCCAGCCAGGCUCUCCUCUUCUCACCUCACUGCCAUGGCCGUGACCCAUCUCCUGCUGGACUGCUCUGAGCCUCUGUACUCAUCAGAAAGGGGCAAGAGGAGAGUUGCCCACAACACCUGGGACAGCAAGGAUGUGCUCCAAACCCUGCAACCCAACCUAUCACAGGGCAGGAGAUCCAUCUCUAGGCUAUGGCUUUGGUGAGCACCUGAAGAGUUUCUUGGUGCUUGGAGAAGGCACCCCUGAUAGAGCUUGCUACCUACCAACAGGUAUUUAGAGUUGUUUCCUCUAGUGAGUCCAGUUAUGCUGUUUUUAUCAGAGCUUUACCAUUUUCAUCUGUGGACUAGAAAAUUAUACCUGCAUCAGACAUGGGAACACCACACCAAGAGAACCACACUCAACAGUGGCUUGGUUUUACAGUAACAAACUCCACAAAAGCAAUGACUUAGAAGUAAUACUCCAGCCAAGUCCAGUUCUGCUUGGAGAGGGAAGACAGGAGUGAUAUUUUUAAGCCCUGAAGGAAGCUAUCAGAAUGGACCCUCUCCAUAGUCAGGAUGUUUCUGGUGCCCCUGAAAACCAUCACCUUGUUUUGCUAUAAUGUCCAGGCACCUUGCUGUGUAUAAAGGUAGAGAAUUCCGUUGAUGCAUUGUUUUUAGCUGUGCAAUGUUUGAAAGUGAACUGAUGUUCAAAAGGUGGCACUUUUGAUAGGGCUGUGAAGCAUCAUUUUAAGGCAGAUUAGUUUUGCUGUAUAUUUGCAAUGGCACUUUCUAAAUGUGAAUAUUUUGUUUUCAAAGGCUGACUUCAGCUUUCUUUCUGUAUUGAAGCAAUUUGACUUUUGUAUUUAUUUUCAAAUUGACAUCCCACAGCUCCCUGCUUCAGCAAAUGGCAUUAGGAAUUUGUUUUCACUUGAUAUAUAUGCAAUAAUGGAGCAGGAAGCUAGGGAUGUUGGCUUUUUUCAAGGAAUUUUAUAUGCUUGUAAUGUUACUUCAGAUUGCUUUUCUUGAGAGUCAGAAACUGCCCACCUCACUUACUCAGUAGAAGGAUGGUGGCAUCUCCAUCUCGUGAAACAUAUACUGAGCUCUACUGCUUGUUUUUAAAGGAGGGGGUUUGGGGAGGGGGAGGGAAGGGUGGUUUUAUUUUUAAAAUUGACUUAAUCAGGCUGCCUGGGAGAAACCUCUCCCCUCAUAACAGGAUAAGGAAGUGGUGCAUAUAUCAGACUUACGACUUGUUUUCAUUUUAAAUAGUUCUAAAAUACCAGACUUACUAGGAAAGCAUUAAACAUACUAACAACCAGUACAGUACUAAUGUAUUCCUGUUCAGUGCCAUAGCUGGGGACAGCAGUGGCUUUCAUGUAAAAUGCAGCAUACUUGCUGCAAGGUUUUAUAAGGAAGCAAAAGUUAAAAACUCCAUGUUUUCAGUCAUUCCUGCUUCACUGAAUAAUGGGAAAGUUUAGGACUUAAAUCCACUGUAAAUUCAACUGAAGUUAAAAAAAGGAACUUUCAUUAAUACCUGCAUAACAGAAAGGCUUGAGAAAUUGUGUAGAUGUUUCUGUAAAGAUAUUUAUGAAAUUGUCAGACAAUUCUUGUUACUCUGUACCAUUUACAUUACUUUGUAUGAAAAUAUUGCAAGUGUAUUUUUCAAUAAAGAUUUUAUAAACUCACAAUUUUGGGUUCUUGUGUGAAAAGCUAAAAACAAUCUGUAGCUCUCAACUAAGUUUGACCAUCUAGUGCAAAAAAGAAAAUAACAGGAUGCUCCUGUAGCUGGGGUCCUCAAGGC